UGUUACGCUCUGCUGGCUAGCUAGCUAGAUGCAACUGUUCGCGGUUUGCUAGACGAGAAUGGAACCAGACGUCAGUUCAAAAAGCAAGAACGGGUUUUGCAGUUGGUGGGCGCUCUGUUGUGUUGGACAGAGAACUAGAUACAACGUCCUGGUGGAUUCCUCAGAGGGUGAAGACAGCUCUAGUGAAACAUGUACAAAUAGGGACAUGUCGGAUGUCACUACUCGAGACCAACCUAGUAAGAAAUUUCGAGGAGAAGCAGUAUCUUCUGCAGAAACCGGGAAGCUUGCCAAAGAGUUAGAAGAAGUAAAGAGUAGACUGACAAUUGCAGAAAGACGAAUAGAUGAGUUGGGAAAAUCACUUGUUCAACAGAAGAGAAGAAUGAUCGUUGAAAGUGCAGGAGAUACAGAAGCUGCAAAUCUAAAGGAGAUGAGACUAUUGCUAAUUUACGGGAACUGCCAUCAUACCGUUGCCGUGAAAUUAUCUGAAACUCUGCAAUCAAGACAAAGUGGUCAAGUGACCGUCAUACCAUAUAAAGACAUACAAUUUGCUAAAGAGGCAUCCUAUUCAAACUACCUGGUCAUAUUUCUUCUGGGAGUAGAAAAUCGGUUCAUUCCUGGAUCACUAGAUGAAAACUUCAAAACUGUCAACAAACUGACUUCUUACACUCCAGUGUUCAUGCCUAUUGUUGUUGAGGGUGGUCUAGCACCAAGAAUAGAAUGUCCAGUUGGAAUGAAAAUGGUAACAGUUGAAACUAUACGUUACAACAUUACAUCAAUGGAAUUAUCAAUGUCAGAAACUGACUUUUCCACAUUGAUUAGAAUACUAACAGAGCAGUUGUAACACGCAGUGAACGUGCGCUAGCUAUUAGUUAUCAAACUUUGUAAGAAAUAAGUCAUGAAUUAACAAUGCUGAUAUUUGUACUGUGAAAUAAAAGUGUGUAGCUGUUGGCUGAAAUUUG